AUGAAUUCCUCUGUAUGCCUACAUCUCAUGGUGAUGCUGGUUCAACUUUGGCCUUGCUCUCCCAGCACGCAAAGCUCCAGCGCUCAAAACACAGUUCAGUCUUUCACAGCAGUUCGAAGAGUGAAACGUGGCUGGCUGUGGGACCCUCUUUUUGCAACUGAGGAACAGAUUUCACCGAAUCCUGUGUAUAUUGGACAGCUGAAAUCAGAUUUAGACAACCAGGAUGGCAACUUAAAAUACAUUUUGACUGGGGAGGGAGCUGGAAGCUUUUUUGUCAUUGAUGAAUAUAAUGGCAAAAUUUAUGUAACUCAAAAGCUGGAUCGAGAAAAGAAACCUUUCUACACUCUAAGAGCACAAGCAAUUAACAGGAGCACUCAGCUUCCUGUUGAACCUGAAUCAGAAUUUAUCAUCAAGGUUCGAGAUGUCAAUGACAAUGAACCGCAGUUCUUGGAUGGACCUUAUGUGGCCACUGUUCCAGAGAUGUCACCUGAAGGUACUUCGGUUACACAGGUAACAGCUACAGAUGCUGAUGAUCCUUCUUCUGGGAAUAGUGCUCGUCUGCUUUACAGUCUCAUUCAGGGACAGCCUUAUUUCUCUGUGGAGCCGAAGACAGGAGUCAUUAGAAUGGCUUCCCAAAUGGAUAGAGAAACAAAAGAUCAAUAUUUGGUCAUCAUCCAAGCCAAAGAUAUGGUUGGGCAACCAGGAGCACUUUCUGCAACAGCCACUGUUACCAUCAACCUCUCUGACAUCAAUGACAAUCCACCUAAAUUUCAACAGCGGCUCUAUUACAUGAGUGUCUCUGAAGAGGCUCCCGUGGGCACCACCAUAGGCAAAGUCUUUGCAGAAGACAGCGACACUGGUGACAAUGCAGCCAUGGACUAUUUCAUUGAAGCAGAUAGCUCGGAUGCUUUUAACAUCAUCACUAACAAUGAGACUCAAGAAGGUAUUAUCUUACUGAAAAAGAGAGUGGAUUAUGAGAGCAAAAGGAGAUACAGUAUUGAAGUAAAAGCUGUAAACAGAUACAUUGAUGAACGUUUUUUGAAAGAAGGACCAUUUGAAGACACAACCAUCGUCAAAAUCAAUGUGGAAGAUGCUGAUGAACCUCCAGUUUUCACCUUGGAGAACUAUGUGAUGGAGAUCACUGAAGGAGCUGAGAGUGGUUCACUGGUGGGGGUCGUAACAGCUAGAGAUCCAGAUGAUGAUGACAGUCCAAUCAGGUACUCUAUUGUCCACAGCACACUUUUAAAGAGACUGUUCAGCAUCAAUGAACACAAUGGAGCAAUCAUUACCACUGAACCUCUGGACCGAGAGAUAGCUCCUUGGCACAAUAUAACUGUUACAGCAACAGAAACAAGAAAUCUUGAAAAAAUUUCGGAAGCGAAUGUGUAUGUCCAAGUUCUCGAUGUUAAUGAUAAUGCACCAGAAUUCCCUAAAGAUUACGAAACAUUUGUUUGUGAAAAUGCAGUUUCUGGACAGCUAAUUCAAAGCAUCAGUGCAGUGGAUCAAGAUGACUCAGCAGAAGGUCACCAUUUUAAUUUCUCAUUGGCUCAGGAGGACACAAACAGCUCACAUUUUACUGUCAAAGACAACCAAGAUAACACAGCUGGAAUUUUCAUAGGAAAAAGUGGCUUCAAGAGGCAAGAGCAGUUUUUUUUCUACUUGCCAAUCUUAAUUCAGGAUAAUGGAAUCCCACCACUGACGAGCACAAAUACUCUCACUGUCACUGUCUGCGACUGUGACACUGAAGUAAAUACCUUCUACUGCCGAUAUGGAGCUUUCAUGUAUUCCUUGGGUCUCAGCACAGAGGCUUUAGUUGCUGUUUUGGCUUGCAUAUUAAUAUUCCUGGUGUUCUUUUUGGCAAUUAUAACCAUAAGGCAGCAGCAGAAGAAGAAGCCUCCCUUUUCAGAGAAGAUGGAAGAAUUCAGAGAGAACAUUGUCAGUUAUGAUGAUGAAGGAGGAGGCGAGGAGGACACAGAAGCCUUUGAUAUUUCAGCACUGAGGACACGCACCGUCAUGCGAAAGCACAAACCUCGGAAGAAAGCAGCCUCUGAAAUCCAGAGCCUCUACAGACAGUCUAUGCAGGUUGGCCCAGACAACGCAAUCUUCAGGCAAUUUAUUUCAGAAAAGCUGGAAGAAGCAAAUACAGAUCCUCGCGUUCCUCCCUAUGACUCACUUCAGACCUAUGCAUUUGAGGGAACUGGCUCUUUGGCAGGAUCCCUCAGCUCGUUGGGUUCCACCACUUCAGACCUGGAUCAGAGCUAUGACUACCUUGCAGACUGGGGACCUCACUUUAAACAGCUUGCAAGCAUGUACUCUUCCCAUAGAACUGUGGGGGAUUAA